GGGCGGGAAAGACUUUAAAAUGGCGUCUGCAAGCCCACUGAAAUUGACUAUAGAGGAACAGGUUCCUUUCACUCCUCCUAGAAGCCUAACCAGGUCACUUCCCGUCCCUCCCAGCAGUGGAGAGUUGAACAGGAGCAGUUCUAUAGACAGCAGGUCAUUCUCAAGCACUCCAGGAGAAGAAGAGGUUGAGAAUGGACAAGAAAAUAUUCAAAUGAACAAUACCUCGAUUAAUAUGGGCCUAGGGGGAACAAAGAAGGGGAGAAGAAAGGGGUGUGGCCACUGUCAAGGUUGUCUAGCCCAAGAUUGCGGUAAAUGUAAAAUGUGUAGAGACAAGGUAAAGUUUGGAGGUCCAGGGGUCAAGAAACAGAGGUGUUUAUUCAGAAAAUGUCGUCACUUGAUGAAGGCUCCGUCCUUCAGUUUGUCUCCAGCUGCUGCUAACAGGAAAAGGGAGAGAGCUGAUGAUCCAGCCACUGACUCACUGUCCCCCAUCACGUCAGCAAGAAAGAGAAGAUGUACAGUUCAGUAUCGUCUGGCAUCAUCAUCUUCUGAAUCCUCUGAUUCAUGUAUUAUAAUUAACACUGAUCAACUCACUAACGCUAAUGACACACCCACCAAUACAGGCAGUGAGCCCCGCCCACUAGCUAAUAAAGUAUUCAAUCCUCCAACUGGUGUCGGUAAGAAUUGGCUGAGUCCUUGUAAAAGGUCUCCAAUAAAAGCUGGAGCUAGUCCGAGGAAGAAAAACUCAUUGUUUGGUAAACAACAACAACAACAACCACCUUUAACAAGCAAACAGACUCUAGGCAUUGACUCUGCUCCAUUUAACAACCUCCUUCACGUCAGACAUGGGACAGACACACCAGGAUCAUAUCAUCAUUAUUCCAUACUGGAUAGACUCAGACUCAUUCCUGAUAAGAAACUCAUUCCCAUUCCAUCAACGAACAGUUUGAGUCUCGGAUCCAUCACAGAAGCAGCAUGUGUACCACAAGAAAAGGAAAAAUCUGAAAAUAUUGUUCACAAUGAUGAAGGGGCUCCAUUAUCAGCAGAGGGUCUGGAAUUAUUCAAAAGAUACCAGACCCUUACCAAGGCUUUGACUAGUGGCCCUUCUGAUUGUCAAGGUGACUGUCUCCAUGACAACCACGUGUCCCCGCUUAACGUGAGUAUAUACAUAUUGAACCAGAGGAAGAGAGGGAGGGGAAGGAAGAGGAAGAAUGAGGUUCAAGUAGAUUCCUCUCAAUACAGCAUGACUAAGAGAUACUCUAAAAGACUUAGAGCAAAAGGUGAUGAUAAAGAAGCCAGUCCUAAUGACACCCCUCCUCCUCCUCCUCCUAACCCACCAGGAGGAGGAGAAGAAGAGAGAGUAUCCAACAGACUAGGCCAUGAGCUUUGGACUGAUCAUUAUACACCUCAUGCCUCAGGGGAGGUUGUGGGUGACAAGAGAAGUGUCUCUGUAUUAUUGAACUGGUUAAAGCAAUGGAAGGAGGUGUGUCUUGGUAAAUGUGUCUCUCUGAAUGACUCCAUUUCCUCUUCUGUUCUAAGUGAAGAAGAACCCUUUCCUUCUCUACCGCCAGCCAUGAUUAUAUCUGGUCCUACUGGGGCUGGAAAGACAGCGUGUGUGUAUGCGUGUGCGGCAGAGCUUGGCUACAGAGUCCUUGAGAUUAACACGACUCAUGCAAGAAACCGUCAGGGUAUCAUAUCACUCCUGCGUGAAGCCACUCUCUCCCAUCAAGUGGCAUUAAAAGGAAAGACUACUGAUAUGAGAGAGCCACACCUACCUGCCCCGCCCCCUCCUAAUAAGAAAGGAAUAUUAUCAUUCUUUACUCCAAAGGCUCCAGCAGUCCAAUCAAAGUCCCUCAAGGAAGAACUAUUCCCCAGACUAGAAGAGAGGGUCCUGACAUUAGAGACAGCCUCUCUUGUCCUCAUAGAGGAAGUUGAUGUGUUGUUUGAAGAUGAAGUGAGAGGUUUCUGGUUGGGACUUUACGAUAUAUUGACCACUUCUAAAAGACCAAUCAUAUUAACAACUAAUGAAAUCGGUUUAAAAUUGGACACUCCUUAUCAAAGCAUUAACAUGGCCACUCCCUCAAAAGAUGAAGUUUCUCUUCAUGUUCAGUUGCUUUCAAUGUCACAUGACUAUCACAUGACCACUGAAGUGGCCAAUCAGAUUACAGAAUCACUCGGCUGUGAUAUUCGUAAAAUCUUUAGUACAUUGCACUUCUGGCUGGCCGGCCAUACCCUCUCAGACCAACCAGUGAAACUAGAUGAUGUCAUUGAGAAGAAACCUCAAGAUCCAAUCACUUCAAUGACACUGGGCAGUCCUUCGAUCAGUAAAUCCUCCUCAAUAUAUCAGGAAUUAGAUGAAGCUGUCCUUUAUACUGAUGCUUUGUUAGCUGCUGAUAUAUGCAAUGGAAGAGUUACUGAUACCUCUAGCAACUGUAGAACAAAGGAUAGCCUCAGUGAGGAAUUGUCAGAGAUUGAUACUACCUUGAACAUGGAAGAAUGGGAAUCAGUCUUAUUAAGCAGUAUGGGAAUGAGGACAGGUUUUAGAGGAACUCUAUUAGGAACAAAUAAGAAUAACGCUGAGAUGGAAUCGUUAAGAAGGAAAGUAUCUCUUGAUGUUUUUCAUGUUAGAACUGUCCUCUCUAGACAGUCCUUGGCAACAGACUGUCUGCCAUUUCUUAAAUUAAUCUGUAAAUAUGAGAAUGACAGGAAACUAGCUAAAACUAGUAGAAGAUUUAGUCAUUAUCUUAUGCAGAAUAGUUUGGAUCACUUAGAACAGUUUUUAUACUCAAACACUUUCAUUUAUGAAUGAGUCAUAACUCUCUUUGUUAUACAGUACAUUGCAUUAAGGCAGUGGUGCCAGGUCUGGUUCUACCCACCUAGAGAGAGGGGGAGAGGAGAUUGUGACACAGUUUGAAUUAAAG